UUAUUUCUUAGGGUGAGUUUCCUCUUUCUCCCGCUUCCCACCUUCCUCGCUCUGCGCAUGCGCGGCGCUGCUCCAGGAGCGCUUUACUUCGGCCUGUUCCGCGGUUGCUCGGUCAUUUUCGCCUCUUUGUUGUACUGCGAGUGGAUUUAACUCGGAUCCAACCAAGUAUCCAGCCGACUUCGGCGCUCCGAGAUCAGGAUGGCUCCCUGCAAAUACAUCAGCUUUGUGUUCAGUUAAACAAGACCCGAUUUCACACUGAGCUCGAAUGAGAGACUCCCCAUGAUGUGGAGCUAACGCCACCGGCUGCUCAACCUGCAGGAAGAGACGUGGACGGCGCAACAUCCACAGCACACGCAUGGCGGUAUUAGGGAACCCCGACAUGCUGACAAGGAAGAUCAAGCUCUGUCACAUCAAUGCCCACAUCACCUGUCGGCUGUGCGACGGCUACCUGAUAGAUGCUACCACCGUCACAGAGUGCCUGCACACGUUUUGUCGAAGCUGCCUUGUGAAGUAUCUGGAGGAGAACAACACAUGUCCCACGUGUAGAAUUGUGAUUCAUCAGAGCCAUCCACUGCAGUAUAUUGGCCAUGACAGAACAAUGCAAGACAUUGUGUACAAGUUGGUACCCGGACUACAAGAGGCGGAGAUAAAGAAGCAGCGGGACUUCUACCAGAAAUUGGGCAUGGAGGUGCCUGGCGACAUUAAAGGGGAACUCUGCAACAUCAAGACGCAUCUCGACCAUCGCAAUGGAGACACUAAGUCAGAAGACACGCCCAAUAAGGAAGCAGGAGAGGAGAAAGCAGAGGAGGACAACGACUAUCACCGUAGCGAUGAGCAGGUGAGUAUCUGCCUGGAGUGCAACAGCAGUAAGCUCAGAGGCCUCAAGCGCAAGUGGAUCCGAUGCUCGGCUCAGGCCACCGUCCUACACCUCAAGAAGUUCAUCGCCAAAAAGCUCAACCUGACCUCCUUUAACGAGUUGGACAUUUUAUGCAAUGAGGAAAUCCUGGGCAAGGACCACACUUUGAAAUUCGUCGUCGUAACGAGAUGGAGAUUUAAGAAAUCGCCCCUCCUGCUCCAUUACAGACCCAAAAUGGAUCUGUUGUAGCUCAAAUGGACACACAAUUUCCUUUUUUUUUUAAAUUUAGUAUUUUCUUGUCGAUGUUGUUCCUGUCCGGCGUGCUGUUUUCAAACAACGUAUGCAAAGAUGAUCAACCAGCAGCAGCGUGCAAACAAGUAAACGCCACAACAAAACCACACUCGACAAAAAGCCAGCAGCAGGGAGAUGCCGCAACACUGGCUUGACCUUUUUUUGUUUGUUUGUUUUGGGGUUUUUUUUUGUUUUGUUUUUGGGUUUUCUUUUUUUUUUUUUCCAUUUUUUUGUGCGCUACAUCCGUGAUAUGUGAAGAAGAAGAAAGAAAAAUUCAAAAAAGAAAUGGAGAUAAAUCAUAUAUUUAUACUUUUGUACAGUUUAAGAAGAGACGAACUUAAAAAGACACUACACUGGUGCUCUGUUUACAUGCAAACGAGAUGUCGGGGCGGGCGGGGGUUUCAUGCGGCCGUCUUUUGGACAAUUGCAGCGGAGGAUGAAAAGUUUUAUAUCGACUCGUUUUGCUUUUGGGGGACAAAGAUUUUGUACGUGUGUCCAUCUUAAGCUAGCUAUGGAGUAAAAUGUCUCUGAAUGUGUCUUUUUGGCCCAAGCCCUGCCCUGUUUUCCAUCUAAUUUGCUCUUGAUGAUUGUCCAUUGUGAAUAGCCUUUGUGUAGUAAUUUAUGUUCGAUAUAUUGUACAUACAAUGUGCUUAUAGGGAGCGAGCGGCAAAGAGUAAGAGAGACUUUUAGACUGUUAAAAACAGAGCGCGUCCAGAAGUCCUAUCUAUAUCAGAAUAUAUCUUCUUUAAAAAAAAAAGUUUUGGUUUUGUUAUUCUUUGAGAAAACAGAUCUGCGACAUAAAAGUUUCCGCCGCCCAUUUUUCGUCCCAUCCUUUCAGAAUGAGAGCAACAAUUUUGCUCUUGAAAUAUUCAACAAAAUGUCCAAAAAAGACACGUUUCUCUCCUUUUUAAAAAUUGUUUAUAUGUAACAGUACAAAAUUCCCGUCCUCAUGCUCCUCUUUCACUAUGAGAUCCUGCAAAAUCACCCCAGCAAAGCUGGAUAAAAAGAUCCUUGCAUUUGUCUGGCUCUACAAUUUUACACAGAGCCCAGCAAAGGGGUUAAAUUUUGGCUCUUCAGGUAUCGCUCUGUUGAGGCUGUUUUGCAGCAAUUCUGUGUGAAAGGGGAAAUUGGGGCAUCAGAGCUGGCAUUUAUCAAUAUCUGUUUUUUGACGCAGAGCCCAGUUAAGGCUAUGAAUGUCAAAUGAUCAAAUGAAAAUCCGUAACAAAAGGUACGGCAUUGAUCUGUCUGUCUUUUGACAUGGAACCUACUAAUUGGGAUAAAUACCUCUGGCAUUUAGUUAAUUUUUUAGUUAAUUGAUAGAGUCCAGAAAGGGAAUCAAAUGCAGAUUUAAGAGCCAUAGAUUUAUCUAUUGACACGCUCCGAACAGCAAAUCUGAUUAGGAGUCGCUGUGGGAGAUUAGCCAUUUAUUCGGUCUGUAACUUUUGCACCAGAACCCAGCGAAGAGGAUACGUUCCAAAUCUGUUAGGGCUCUGAUGUGAAGAUUUUGCUGGUUCAUUGCGUAAAAGAGAAAAUGAACACAUCAGAGCUGUAAAAGAAAAUCCAGCAUGUAUCCAACAACAUCUUUUGCCAUACAGCCCGGCGAAGGGGAUCCUGUAAUUGCUAGAUUUUCUUUUAAACCACAGAUCAAUUCUGGGUCUUGAUGCCGCUAUUUUGCGGGUUCUCUGCGUGAAAGGGCAUGCAGUUAGUGAAUAUGAAACAGCUAUAGAUUUUUCACAGACCCUACAAAAUAGCUGUAUCAAGACCCAGAAUUAUGUCAUCUUUUAACAUAGAACCCGGUCCAGAGGAUAAAUACCAGAUCUUGUGACACGGCUCUGACACAGACAUUUUGCAGGGUCUCCACAUGAACUAGAACAUGAAGGCCUGCCAACCAAAACCGUCAUUACCUUUUCCCACAGAAAUCCAUUUAAUGACACUUGCCACCCUCUCAAAACAGCGCUGUUGUAAUCAGAUGGUCUCCAGGCUGUCCUGUACUGUCCCAUCCUGUCGAAGUUUUUUUUUUUAAACAAAUAACUGGAAAUUCUUCCUAAAAAUGAAUACACAGAACAAAAUGCUCCAUUUGAGCUUAAAGGAUGAAUAUGUUGCCCAAUGUUUUUUUUUGUUUGUUUGUUUUUUGAAACCACAAUGAUGACUCGUGGAUCUUUGGGCAUGAUGCAUCCCAGCCAAGCGGCAGAAUUGGACUCUGAACUAUCAAACAAGGUGCUCCAAAUCGGUCUGUCUUACCAUUGCUGAUAAUACGGCACAUGCUAAUUUUUGUUGUUGUAGUUAUCAUCUUUGAACCUUUUAGAAAACAACUAUGUGUUCUACUGGUGCUUUCUCUGGUGCUAACCCCAAACCUUGUUGUACUGUGUAUUCCACGCCCCCAAACUUCACUCCCUAUCGGAUCUGAGUAUAACUUUCCUACUUGAUUGACAAGCCGUCUGCAGACCCUGAAAAGCAAGCAGAAAUCUGGCAUUUAUCCAUCUGUUACGGCACCACUGUGACUAUUUUGUCGGCUCUCUAUGUGAAAGUGACAGUUGACACAGAGCCCGACCAAGGGAAGAAAUGCGCGAUCUUCUAUUAUGGCAGAUUUUGCAAGCUGUCCAUAUGGAAGGAAACAUUUCAGAACCAUAACAGAAGAUUUAUCCGAUUCUUACCGUUUGCCACAGAUCCAAGGCGAGGGCAUAAAUACCGGAUCUUCUGUUAAGGCUCUGAUGUGUCGGUUUCCUAUUUCACACAGAAACCCUGCGAAAUUGCUGCACCAGAGAUAUAACAGAAAAUCUAUUUCGAUUCGGGCUUUCCCCUUUCACCACAGAAUCAAACUAUGAAGAAAAUUUUCAAUUUCUUCUUCUACGGUCCUGAUGAGACAGUUUUGCACGAUCUAUGGAUGAAUGCCGAAAUUUCUGGAGAAGGUUUCUCUAACUCAUAGUUCCUGAAAGAUUGGCACAAUAUACAGUACAGGUCCUCUGUGUGAAAGUGAAAGUUGCCAUAACGCAAGAUUGAACUUUUAUAAGGUCUUUACCUUUUGACACAGAAUGCUGCAAACGGGAUAAGUUGCAUUUCUUUUGUUACAGCAUCAAAGUGACGAUUUUGCAUUGUCCCUGUAUGAAAGAGAAAGUUGCUGUAACAGAAUAUCUGGCUUUUAUAUGGUCUGUAUCAUUUGAUUCGAAGUCCGGCAAAAGGUAUAAAUGCCAAAUCUUUCAUGACACUGAUGUGACGAUUUUGUCAUGUUGUAGAAUCAGAGCCAUAACAGAAGAUCCGUUUUUUUAUACAGUCUUUACCAUUUUAUUCCUGAACCAAGCUAAGGAGAUAAAUUUAGGAUCUUUUACUAUGGAACUGAUGCAACGAUUUUGGGUCUCUGUGUGAAAACAGCUGAAGAAGCCCUGUCAAUGAAGUGGUGCUGCAUAAUAAUCAGAUUUUUGGAUCAUUCUCACUCAGACUUCCGGGAGCAUGUUUGAUGGUUCUUUUUUUACUUUAUUUUUUUUCUGUUGUGCAUUCUGGAUUCCUGAUGUUCACGUUGGCGUGACCAACACGACGACGCGUGUGUACUUUUUCAGGGUUUAAGAGUGAAGGACAAAUGUGCAAUAUGGCUUUUCAUGUAUGUUUCCAGUCAGGUCCUCAGGUCACAAAAUGCCUUCUCAGCGUUCACACUCGUACCCCGAAAAAAAUACGCCACUCCACCUCCACUCUCCCCUCUGCCUACUUUUUGUAUUAUUUAUUGCGGCUGUGUAAUGAAAGUGCUUUCCAUGGCGACCCAACCUUUUGGAGGGGCGUUUGGUCGAGAGUGGGUCCCCUAUUUCUUAUGUUAUUAAAAAGAAAAACACAGAAGCUUUUGUCCAAACUUAACUGUGUAUUUAAUCAAUAAAGGCCUUUAAAAAGUAA